AUGUCCUUACGCCAUAUGCGCCGUACAGCUGCUCUGCAGCGCGGCGAAAAAAAAGGUGGAAACCUGAAUUUAAUUCCUUCUUUAGAUUCUUCUGAUGAUAAUUCUUCAGAUGUUUCUUUACAAGAAGAAAAAGAAGAAAUAAAAAAUAAAUCUAUUUUCCUUCGAGCUGCCACAGCAGAACUUAGUAGUUCAGAAGAAGAAGAGGAAGAAGAAAAAGGAGAAGAAACAGAAGAAACAGAAGCAGAAAAGGAAGGAAAAGAACAAGAAAAAGGAGAAAAAGAAGGAGAAAAAGAAGCAGCGGAAGAAGAAGAAGAAAAAGAAGAGGAAAGGGAAGAAGAAAAAGAAAAUAUAGAAGAAGAGGAAAAUGUAGAUAAUUCAAUUAACCCUGAUAUAAAUAAAUCGCAUUAUUCAGGUGUACAUACACCUCAAUCGUCUAAAGAACAAACACAAAAUAAUAACAAUAAAAACACAAAAAGAUCAAGAAAUAAAAACCGUCGCAAGAAGAAUUCCCCUGCAGCAGCAACAGCAACAGCAGCAGCAGAAGCAGCAACAGAUGCUGCUCCUGCUGCUUCUGCUGCAGCAAGCGAAGGAGCAGAUGCAGAUACAUCACGUGCUGCUAGGGCUGAUACAGCAGAAGCAACAGCAGCAGGAGCAGCAGGAGCAGCAGGAGCCGAUGAGGAAGAAGAAGAUAUAACUGCAGCAGCAGAAGCAGAAGCAGAAGCAGCAGCAGAAGCAGAAGCAGCAGCAGCAGCAGCAGCAGCAGCAGGAGGUCGUAGUUGUUUAUAUAUGGAGAGAUCUGCCUUUGAUGUUGAGGCCGAUCUACGAAGAAUCUUCGGUAGAGAAAUCAACAGAACUAGAACAAGAAGUAAAUCUUUUUAA